UUCGAGAUUCUGCUGUGGGUCACCGCAGGUUUUAAAAUAAGCAGCGUUCAAUUGUUUUACCAAACGCUUUUGUUUCCAAAACUUUUUUUAUAAGCUGCUUAUUUAUUAAGCGCAGCAAUCCCAAACACCACCUAAAAUUGAUAUUUUGGGUUUAGGGUUUAAGAUUUUGGAGACUCACAAGUUUGGGAUUGCACGCCCAGUUUAUUUUCACUUUUUUUUUUUAAUUUUCUUUUUUAACUUUUUUUUUAGUUCUCUCGCGCUCUCUGAACUCUCUCUCUCUCUCUCUCUCUCAACUCUCGGCUCAGUUAUCUCACCGCCUCCUCAGUCCUCUCUGUCUCACUCAUAUCCUCCUCUCUUUCUCUCAGAUCUCACUGCCUGGGCUUUCAUCAAAGGUUCAUCAACAAUAGUAAACGGUUCAUAGGAGAGGCAUUUCAUGGCAUAUUCUGAAGGACGUGAUUUCAUGUUCUGCGACUUGUGUGGGACUAUGCGAACAUUGAGUUCAACUAAGCAUGCUCAAUGCCCCUUGUGCAAGCGUAAGAUAAGCGCGAAAGAGAUCUCCGGAAGACAAAUAUCUUACACAGCCACUGCUGAGGAUAUUAGAAGGGAGCUAGGCAUAUCAAUAAUUCGUGAAGAAAAAGUGCAAUUGCAAAAGACAGAUGCUAAAACAUGUGAAAAAUGUGGCCACAAUGAGCAUACAUAUUAUUCCAGACAGAUGCGAUCAGCAGAUGAAGGAGCAACUACUUUCUACGUGUGCACCAAUUGCCAGCACCAGUUUACAGAGAAUUGAUAUGUCAGAGGUUAUAUAAGAGACUACGGGGAUCAAAAUGUAUGCGUUGAUGUAUGUCACUAACUGAGUGUGUUCGUAAUUGAGUGGCGUAGACAUGUAGGAUAUUUAAGAUUUCUCUGAUAUCAAAUUUUGAAGUUGUACCGUACCUAGGAUUAGAGUAGAGUGAGUCGAGAAUCUUUAUAUCCUAUUUUUGCAACAUUAUGCACCAAAUGUUAAUUGCAAGAAGUUCUCCUUGUGUGCUUUCCCUUCUGCCAUGAAAGGAACGAGUUUGCUAAAGUGAAAAGAACUUGUUUGCAGCAUGAUAUGCUA